CAGCCCCCUCCAAACCAACCCGGGUAAACAGACGCCCUGCCAGGCCAGCGCUGCUGCUGGACACAGCCCUCGGCGCCGCUCCAACCAGACCGCGACCGCUAAGCCCCUCCUUUCGAGAACUUCUGGGGCCGCCCCUGGAAGUGGCGGGGUGGAGGGGCUGGCGCAGCUACGCGCGGCAGCGAUGGAGCAAAGUCGCCCGGGCUCGGAGACCAGCAUGGAGGGAGCGGCGAGUGACCCGUACCGGCGACCCGCGCGGCGCACCCAGUGGCUGCUGAGCGCCCUGGCGCACCACUAUGGGCUGGACCGUGGCGUGGAGAACGAGAUCGUGGUGCUGGCCACGGGCCUGGACCAGUACCUGCAGGAGGUCUUCCACCACCUGGACUGCCGCGGCGCCGGCCGCCUGCCCCGCGCCGAUUUUCGCGCGCUUUGCGAGGUCCUGGGGCUGCGCGCCGAUGGGACAGACGCCGCCGGGGAUGAGGCCACCGGAGACGCGAACUCCGGGGAUGUGACAACCGGAGACGCGGCCGCUGGGGUGGCCACCGACCGGGACGCGGAUGCCGAGGAGGAGGCUCUCCUGGCGCUGCGUGCCGAGCCCCCCGAGCUCACCUUCCGCCAGUUUCACGCGCGCCUCUGCGGCUACUUCGGCACCCGCGCCGGGCCCCGGCUGCCCCGCGGCGCUCUCAGCGAGCACAUCGAGACGCAGAUCCGCCUGCGCCGCCCGCGCCGCCGCCGCCGCCCGCCACGCACGCCGGGCCCGGAAGGGGGCCCAGACGGCUGCCCGGACAGCGAGCGCACGGCGCGUUUGGCGGAGGAAAACAGCAGCCUGCGGGAGCUGGUGGAGGACCUGCGUGCCGCGCUGCAGAGCAGUGACGCGCGCUGUCUAGCGUUGCAGGUCGGCCUCUGGAAGAGCCAGGCGAGCGCGCGGGAGGCGGGCCGCAGCGGGCCUGAGGCGGCAGCGCGCGAACUGCGGCAGGCGCGGGGCGCGCUGGCGGCGGCCGAGGCCUGCGCGGGGCGGCUGCGCCAGGGCCAAGCCGCGGUGCGCCGACGGGCGGAGGAGGCCCGGCACGCGGUGCUGCGCAGCCUGCGUCGCGUGCGCGAGCUGGAGGCGCUGGCGCGCCAGGUGCCUGGCCUACAGCGCUGGGUGCGGCGGCUGGAGGACGAGCUGCAGCGCUGCAGGUCAGAGGGCAACCAGCUCCCAGCCUUACUACGAGCCAGCCCAGAGCCAGAUGCCAAGAGUAGUGAACCUGAGCACAGUGGGACCUGGGGCCCAGACCCCGCUUCAGAGGGCACCUGGCAGUCAGACAGCAGCUCCGGGAGCAGAACGCUGGACGAAGCAGAUGAGCAACUAUUCCGCUCAGUGGAGGGCCAGGCCGCCUCUGAUGAGGAGGAUGAUGAGAAGUGGCGGGAGGCACAGAGGCUACCAGCCGAGGUCAAGACCCUGCUGGCUUACCUCUCCAGCUGCGCAAGUGGGUGUGACAACCAGAUGACCAAGCAGCUCAAGACUUACGUCGGCAGCUUUGGCAGCGCUGACCACGCCCAUGCCCCGGGGGAGCUGGAGGCCUGGGUGGCCAUGCUGGUGGAGCAGCUGGGGACCCUGGGCUGCAGCAGGACAACCCCAGGGACACCUGAGGAGGAGGUGGAGCUGCAGCCGAAGGUGGAAGAGGAGCAGCUGAGGCUGGAGCUGCAGAUGGUGGAAACCGAGCGGGUGCGGCUGUCCCUGCUGGAGGAGAAGCUGGUGGACGUGCUGCAGCUCCUACAGAGGCUCCAGGACCUGAACAUAUCGAAAAGAGCCCUGGGGAAGAUUUUGCUGAGCACGCUGAACACUUGCAGGGACCCUGCACAUGAGGGGGGAUCUGGACCCGCAGCCACCCUGGAUGCCCUGCACCAAGCUUUGGCCAGCUGUGAGCUCUUGCGGAGAGAGCCUUCCACACCAGCAGGCCCAGCUCCAGGGCUCACCAACUCCCUCCUCACAUGCUGAGGUCGCUGGCCCAGCCUCUGGGCACCACCACACCAGCCUCCAGAUCGGCCUGGCCACUGUCGCAUCCUCGGAACCUGGAGGCCUGGGCUCCUUCUGACACUAGGCCCAACCCCAGAGCCUCCCAAUACAGAGCCUGGCAGCCAUCCCUUCCUUGGGUUCCUCCGAUUCUCCCACAGCCCCUGUAUCCUGCUACCAGAGACCACAUUCCAGCCCAGGGGUGCUGGAUCAGCCUGUACCUGCUGCAGCCUCCCCUGCCGUUGGAGCAGAGGUGCCCACUCUCCCACCCAACCCAGGACCCCUUCCCUGGGCUCCCAGGCUCUCCUCCCCCCCAAUACUGUACCCUUCCUCCCCCCAGCAUGCCUGCUGCAGGGACACUGGCCCGACCUCCAGGCCACAGCUGGUGUGGUGCAAAGACAGAGCAGGGCUGGGGGAACUUCACGGGGGGAGUGAGUGUCACUGCAGGCUUCCUGGUGGGGCCUGGCCUUGAACUAGCUCUAGAAGAGAGACAGGAUUUACAUCGGUAGAAAGAAGAGGGAAGGGCAUUCAGGUGAGGUAACGACGAGAGCUAAAGUGUGGUGGCAGCAAGGGCCCCCCUUUCAUACAUUACCUGGAUCCCCUCUUUCCUGAGCAUACAGUAGGUACGGGGGCUCAUGGGGGUCACAGGAAGGAGUAAGACAAGAGGCCUGGUCUCACCUACCAUAAGAUCUUGUUGAAAAGAAAGAUAUGUUGGCAAAAUACUUCAAUGUGAGUGAAAUCAGUGCUAAAUGGAGGUAAAAUAGUGUUAUGAGAGCCCAGUCACCACAGCGGGAACAGCAGGGGUGAGGGCAGGUGCCCGGAGGAAGCAAGGGCAGGUGGGGGGCUCCAGGGUGGACGAGGAUCCGGGAUGUGGUCCCACAGGCAGUGGGGGCCACUGGAGGACCCCAGGCAUCCCUCGUGGAG